UUCAGAGCAAUCAGAUCAAUCGCCUGCCAAAAAUCAAAGGAUAAUACUCCACUGCCCAAACAAGAUUUUCCAGAUAAAAACCAGUUUAAAACAAGAAACACAAUGGACCUUAAGCAAUUGUACUCUUGCGUCUGCCUGCUGAUUAGCAUCAUCAUCUGCAAAGUGUCGCAGUCCAGUGCCAAGCCUACCUAUUACGACCUGGAUAGCUACGAGACCUACGACACAGAUCGCUAUGACAGUGGUUCCUACGCCCUGAGCUACGGAAAACCCCUCACGGAUAACCGCCUCAAGAAGCUCAGCCCGGGCUACUACUAUGUGGACGAUGGGUACAUUGCCCCGGUGGCCGCCAGUGCUGGAUACACACGCCGCGAAGACGGCAUCUCGGAGAGCGGAGCCCUGCCCCACAAUGUCAAGUUCACCCCGAUUGUGCGAGUCCGCCAGACGAAGACCAAGCGCAAGAAGCUCUUUGUGCCCAACUUCUUCGGCUAGAAGAUGACCAUCUCACGGUCCAUCUGCCGGGACUGAGAGUACAGACUGAGGAUGAUUAGAAUAGGCUUAGUCGUAGUAUUAGUCGCGUGGCUCCCACACCAAAAAGUACCUUAUACUAUUAUCUAUAUUUUAUACGCGGCCAAAUUGAUGACCAAAUUAUAUUUAUAUACCCAAAACCUA